GAACAAUAGUCUGACGAAUCUGCUACGGAAAUCGAUAAGCAAAGUGUUGAGGUAAAAGUUGGGGGGCCACGUCAGACUUACAGUCACGUUCUUCUCUAGUAGCAAGGGCCAGGAGAGGACAAUAAUUAAUUCAUAUUCCGCCACGACGACUGCCUAACAUGGAAGCAUUUUAUUGGAACGAAAUGAUGCACAUGGGCAACUAUACACCACGUAAUGCGUUUCAAGCCGGCAUUGAUCUGGACGGUGAACCGAUAUAUGUGGGGCAGGGGCAUCACUCUGGCCAUCUGCUUCCCGGCAAAUACAUUCCCCCAAAAAAUGGGCUUUUGGUGCCUCACGACGGCCAAGAAGUGUCCGUUUUCAAUUUUAAGGUCCUCUGUGAAAAACUACUGGACUGGGUGCCGGUGAACGACGGACAGAUUCCCCCGGGUGCCGUACCUGGAGGAGACACUACAACGGGUGACCUUUUGCACAUUGGACGCGUUCGGUUCCAAAAUUCACUCGUUGUCGGAAGAGUGCAGCAUGGGUUGUGCUACGUUACUCUCCAGGGAAAAGAGACGACGUACAACGAUUUCGAGGUUCUCGUUCUUAGUAGUAUAUAGUAAUUUUUAAUUAAUACUUUGUUAUAUUUUAAAUAAACGC